UGCAUUUUGUUUAUGUAAACGAAAAGAGUACUAUACUUUCUUAUUUUACAAAAUCCAACCCAUCAUCCUCUUCUCAGUUGCAGACGUAACCCAUACCAGAAUCAGUAAAUCAGGAGAGAAAGGGUCAAUGGAAGGAGAGAAUCCGAUAGAAGAUCGUGGCUUUUUGGCCGCUCCUCUGACAUUCUUCCUCGUCGUUGCCUUCCAGUUGCUAUCAAAGUGGCUCGACCAAUUGCAGAAGAAAGGGUCGAGUAAUAAUAAUACUAAUACAAAGGAAGCAGAGCUGCGAUCCGAAAUUAAGCAGCUUUUGAGAGAGGCCACUGCAUUGUCUCAGCCAGCCACGUUUGCGCAAGCGGCUAAACUUAGGAGGUCAGCAGCUACUAAAGAAAAAGAACUUGCUCUAUAUGUGGAGCAGCAUAACAAAGAUAUAAACCUGUCUUACGAUCUCUAUGGAAACGUUCUGAAUGCUUCAAAGGUUGUGGUAUACCUAAUCUUGGUACUUUGGUUCUGGAGGACUCCGAUUGCCAUGAUUGCUAAGCAACUUGUUCAACCCUUUGGGAGGUUGUUAUCUUGGGGAACAGGAGGUCACUUGACAGGCCAUGUGAUGGUUGGGAUCAUACCGUGGCUGAUACUCUCAACCAGAGUGAGCAAAUAUGUGUGCAAGUUCGUGGACUUCUAAAUCACAUUCCUCCAAGAAAGUGAAAAAAAAAUUGAUGUUCUUCAGUUUUAAAGUUUUAGCCUUUUUAGGAGACACUUUGUGCCAUAAUUGUUCUUUUCCUCGAUCUAACUUGAGCAUUUUUGUACAUUAUAUGGAUCACUAUUCUCCGGUUUAUGCUGGAUUUUACCAAUAACAAAUGGCAUUGAAGCA